CACGCCACUUUCCCUCCGAUUUGCACCUGGGCAGUCAUCGCAAGCUUCGGCAUGGGAGAGCGCUUUCAGACAGGCGCGACUGUCUUCCGGCACCGGCGACAGCGUUACCCGCGCCGGUGAGGCAUGGCGGCCUCUACUCGAACAAUGCGUCAACUCGUUGCUGAAGCACCGUGAAAUACGACAUGUCGACUGCCGUCUGUCCCGUCAUUCCGAAACGACCAAGCCUGUGUGAGCGUCGAGUGGAGGGGGCCGAUUCCCAACUGCUUUUGAGGCACUCCGCCGGCCCUUAUGUAUUGGCAAGACGAGAUGCCUUCUCCCCACCAAUCCGACGGCGCGCACUCGGCCUCGGCAUGUUCGCAGCUCGCCCGCGUGGCAACAGGGGAACAGGGGCACAGCUGUCGAAACGGCCCUGAGUGCAUGCCAUGCGCCAUUCCGCUGCCAGGCGGGCGACAAUGCUCGUGGUCAAGGGCCGUUGAACGGCUUCUCUGCUCCUUCGGGACGCAUGGAAGCGACUCUGCAGCCCCCGGGGCCGUCCUGGCCCUCCCCCCCCGCAUCCGCCCGCCAUAUUCCCGACUACUGUCUGAGGCCAUGCUGAUCGCUACCAUUGCUCAGACGUCCAGUGCUGCCCCUGCAGCCGAAUUUCCUGGCUCCAGUACCACUGAUUGGCCUUGUCCGCUGAAAUCCACCCCGUGUUGUGCCUUCUAUCGCAUAACCACGGCCUCACCCUCGUUUAGGCCUGCUCAAGCAGCACCGUCGCGGAGAAUUCUCCAGACUGGGUUCGAGGCCCUCAAAGACGAGCGGUAAGAGCAGAAUCGAUAGUGCCCUAAGGCCCAGGAAGCACUCAACCGUUGCUGUAGGAUGAGGGGCAGGGAGUUCAUCGAAACAUUCUAGAGAAGACCGUGCCUCGCCAUCCCACCAGCCCUUGGACUCACAGACCUCACCUUAUCCACGCGCGUGGAGGCAGACGUGGCCUGGGGCCUGGCCUGUGUAACUGGUAGAUAUAUCUU